GCUCCUGAUGGCCAUAUCUUUCUGGAAGCCUUUUCUCCAGUUUACAAAUACGCGCAGGAUUUUUUGGUUGCCAUUGCUGAGCCCGUGUGCAGACCAACCCACAUUCACGAGUACAAGCUGACUGCUUACUCGCUGUACGCUGCUGUUAGUGUUGGCCUACAAACAAGUGACAUCACAGAGUAUUUACAAAAACUGAGCAAGACUGGUGUCCCAGAUGGAAUAAUUCAGUUUAUCAAGCUGUGCACUGUCAGCUAUGGGAAGGUGAAGCUGGUACUGAAACAUAACAGGUAUUUUGUUGAAAGUACCCACCCUGAUGUCAUUCAGCAGCUUCUGCAGGACCAUGUUAUUAGAGAGUGUCGCCUGAGAAAUGCCGAGGGUGAAGAAACAGAGCUCAUUACAGAGACGUUCACAAGUAAAUCAGCGAUUUCCAAAUCCAGUGAAGGUGGCUUUGGUCCGUCGACAUCCCAGGGCACAGAUGCUCAGAAUAAGCCAGAUGUCCCAGCUGACUUAUUUGAGUUUUAUGAACAGAUGGACAAAGAUGAGGAGGAGGAGGAGGAAACGCAGACAGUGUCUUUUGAAGUCAAGCAGGAGAUGAUUGAAGAACUUCAAAAGCGUUGUAUCCAUUUGGAGUACCCCUUGCUGGCAGAAUAUGAUUUCAGAAAUGAUUCUGUGAAUCCUGAUAUUAAUAUAGAUCUGAAACCUACAGCUGUCCUCAGGCCCUAUCAGGAGAAAAGCCUAAGGAAGAUGUUUGGAAAUGGACGAGCCAGAUCUGGUGUUAUUGUCUUGCCAUGUGGUGCUGGCAAGUCUCUGGUUGGAGUGACAGCUGCUUGUACUGUCCGCAAGCGGUGUCUGGUCCUUGGGAAUUCUGCAGUGUCUGUAGAGCAGUGGAAAGCCCAAUUCAAGAUGUGGUCCACCAUUGACGAUAGUCAGAUAUGUCGGUUCACUUCUGAUGCCAAAGACAAGCCCAUUGGCUGUUCUAUUGCUAUCAGCACAUAUUCCAUGUUGGGACACACAACGAAAAGAUCCUGGGAAGCAGAAAGAGUAAUGGAGUGGCUUAAAAGUCAAGAGUGGGGCCUUAUGAUACUUGAUGAAGUGCAUACUAUCCCUGCAAAAAUGUUCAGACGUGUGCUCACUAUUGUCCAAGCUCACUGUAAACUGGGGCUGACUGCUACCCUGGUCAGAGAAGAUGAUAAAAUUGUUGACCUGAACUUCCUGAUUGGACCAAAGCUCUAUGAAGCCAACUGGAUGGAGCUACAGAACAGUGGCUACAUUGCUAAAGUCCAGUGUGCUGAGGUUUGGUGCCCAAUGUCACCUGAAUUUUACAGAGAAUAUGUAGCUAUCAAAACAAAGAAACGGAUACUGCUGUACACCAUGAACCCAAAUAAAUUCAGAGCCUGCCAGUUCCUUAUUAAGUUUCAUGAGCGACGGAAUGAUAAGAUCAUUGUAUUUGCUGACAAUGUGUUUGCACUGAAGGAGUAUGCAAUCAGACUUGGGAAACCCUAUAUAUAUGGUCCUACUGCACAAGGAGAAAGAAUGCAAAUUCUGCAAAACUUCAAGCACAAUCCAAAAAUCAACACUAUUUUUAUUUCCAAGGUAGGUGACACAUCCUUCGAUCUGCCAGAAGCCAAUGUUCUGAUUCAGAUAUCGUCCCAUGGUGGGUCUCGAAGACAGGAGGCUCAAAGACUGGGACGAGUGCUGAGAGCCAAAAAAGGCAUGGUUGCAGAAGAAUACAAUGCCUUUUUUUAUUCUCUUGUAUCCCAAGACACUCAGGAAAUGGCAUAUUCAACGAAGCGACAACGGUUUCUUGUAGAUCAAGGUUAUAGCUUCAAGGUAAUAACAAAGCUUGCAGGCAUGGAAGAGGAAGAACUUUCAUUUUCAUCCAAAGAAGAACAGCAGCAGCUUCUCCAGAAAGUCCUGCAAGCAUCUGACCUGGAUGCUGAGGAGGAAGUAGUUGCUGGAGAAUAUGGUUCAAAGUCAGCUCAGGUGUCACGUCGUACGGGCACAAUGAGCUCUAUGUCAGGAGCAGACGAUACAGUUUACAUGGAAUACCACUCUUCACGGAGUAAGGCAUCUUCAAAUAAACACAUCCAUCCACUAUUUAAACGCUUCCGGAAAUGAUGUCCUUCACGGAUCCAUGUACCUGUUUUCAUAACUAAAAAUAUGGAGUUGAAAUUUCUGACAGGUUCUUUAAAAGACUUUUUUUAUAUACACAUCUAUAUACCCACAUAUUUACUUAGCAAUAUGUGCUCUCGUGGAUGAACGUGAAAGGAAAAAAAAAGAACUAAAUCUUACCACAGGAAAGAUACUUUCCAGUGACCGGAUCCUGGUUACACCUGUCUGGUUUUCAGGGUAAUUAAUAGAAUUUAUUUUUAUUGGCCGAAGACCCUUUUUCAGAAGAAUUCUGGAAAGGUUUUGUAAAUGAAGUUUGUACUGAUGUUUGAAAUAUUAUUUAUCUGGUUAUUGUGUCUGCUCAACAACAUAUUGUUUUUUAAAAUGCUUAAAUAAAAAUCAUUCACUGAGCUGAACAAAUCCUGAUAGGAGCACUUUACGUAAUAUUUUUAAACUGGGAGCUAAUUUAUACUCAUCACAUAACCGGUCUUAAAAUUCUAACAAAAUUUUUUGAAAUAUUUUGAGUUUCAAAGACAAGGAGAAAGAAGGUCUCCAAAGUAAACUCAAGGAAAGCAUUACUAAAUACAAAUAACUUCUGUGCUCCAUUUUUCUCAUUUUUCUUGCUACUGCUGAAAAGUUGCUGAAAUAAAGCUGUUUCCCCUGU